CGAUUAUUUCCCGGGAAAAUCAAUAGCCUGAUACCGAACGGUCUCACAUAUUUCUACCCUCUACCCGCCAGCACCCAAACCCAAUCCCACCCGUCUUCUUCAACCUAACUCCUCUCUUUUUCUCUUUCUAGGGUUUCUCUGUUGUACAUUCCCCUAUGGAUGAUCCCAUGAUUUCACCAUUGACAGUCCAAUCAGCUCCUUCGUCACAGCUGAAUGUUCCUGCAAUAAUGCCACGCCCCUCUCUGAAUCUCGAAACCCAAGCUCCACCUGACCACGUGAACCGCUUGAUCAACUCCAGCCAUUAUAUCUCUCCGUCGAGAACAAUUUAUUCCGAUAGGUUUAUUCCCAGCAGAUCCAGCUCCAAUUUUAAUCUAUUCAACAUUUCGUCGUCUUCGCCGCCGUCAUCAACAAAUCUUCCGACGUCUGACGGAGGAAAGGACAGCUCCAGUGCCUACGCGGCACUACUACGUUCUGCUCUUUUCGGACCCCACACGCCGGAUAAAAGGGACUCGCCGGGACGCAAUAUUUUCCGGUUCAAGACGGAGACUAGACAGUCAAUGCACUCGCUCUCGCCUUUUGGGUUUGAAGACAAGAGACCUGGCGUUAGUCAUAGCCCGGUUAAGACUCCAAGGAAGGUUCCAAGAUCACCUUACAAGGUAUUGGAUGCACCCGCAUUGCAAGAUGAUUUUUAUUUGAAUUUGGUGGACUGGUCCUCACAUAAUGUACUCGCUGUGGGUUUGGGUAAUUGUGUGUACUUGUGGAAUGCUUGCAGUAGCAAGGUGACAAAAUUGUGUGAUUUGGGAAUUGACGAUAGCGUGUGUUCAGUAGGAUGGGCUCAGCGUGGGACACAUCUAGCUGUUGGAACUAGCAAUGGGAAAGUACAGAUAUGGGAUGCGUCUCGCUGUAAAAGAGUAAGAACCAUGGAGGGCCAUCGAUUACGUGUUGGGGCCUUGGCCUGGAGUUCAUCAGUGUUAUCUUCUGGUAGUCGGGAUAAGAGUAUUCUUCAACGAGAUGUACGUGCGCAGGAAGACUUUGUUAGCAAACUCUCUGGACACAAGUCAGAGGUCUGUGGAUUGAAGUGGUCGUAUGAUAACCAAGAGCUGGCAUCUGGUGGGAAUGAUAAUAGACUGUUUGUUUGGAAUCAACAUUCAACUCAACCUGUGCUAAAAUACUGUGAGCAUACUGCGGCUGUAAAAGCAAUUGCUUGGUCGCCCCAUCUUCAUGGACUUCUAGCAUCUGGGGGCGGGACUGCUGAUCGGUGUGUAAGGUUCUGGAAUACGACGACUAACUCCCAUCUCAGCUGCAUGGACACUGGCAGUCAGGUGUGCAAUCUUGUGUGUUCUAAGAAUGUCAAUGAACUGGUCAGCACACAUGGGUACUCUCAAAACCAAAUAAUAGUAUGGAGAUACCCCACCAUGUCAAAGUUGGCAACUCUUACAGGUCAUACAUACAGAGUUCUUUAUCUUGCCAUCUCGCCAGAUGGACAGACUAUUGUCACGGGAGCAGGUGACGAAACUCUACGGUUUUGGAAUGUGUUCCCUUCCCCUAAAUCUGAGAACACUGACAGUGAAAUUGGAGCAUCAUCUCUAGGGAGAACUACGAUCCGGUAAUUCAUGGAGACGGGUUUUCAUUUAAAAUAUCUUAAGGCUAUUUCAGUAGAAGGAGAAAAGAUUGUAAAUAUGUGACAAGCUUGGAAGAUUAUUCUGCAAAAUAGAGCCUUAUCAGAUUGGUUUUCUCGAACCAACCCCUAAUCGGCCAGGAAAUUUGCAGGGACCUGAAAGGCUGAACAUGCGAAUGGAUGUAAUGAUAUUUCUAGUAGUUGCUGGAAAUAAUUAAUUUUGUUUUUGGUCCUUUUAUAUCUUGAUUUAUAAAUUGUAUAGUGGGAGGUGUUUCUUUUGUAUUAUUAAAUGCUUCUUGCAUUUGUAUAUCAAUAGAAGAUGUUGAAGGAUUUUUUGUAGGGAAGAUGUUUUAGAUGUUCAACAUUUGGUAUAGCACGUUUUCAGAGUUUUUGUAAAUAAAAUCUUUGUGUGAAUUAUUAUUUUCUCCAUAA